AAAAUUUCUUCCUGGUGUUCCCUUUUGACAAAUGUUGUUCUGGUCUGAAGCUUGUAUUAACAAAGUUGGAUUUAAAUAUGUCUGGAAGUUGCUGUAGUUGGCCAUGCCCCAACAUUAAUCACAAAAUAGAUAAGUGGAGGAAUGGGAUAUUUACUCUAUUUUUAUUCCUGUGUAUGUACAGGUGAUAGAAAAACAGCUGACAAGCUUGUGAAGAGCCCUCCACUUUACAUGCGCUGGCCUCACAUGAAGGCUAAUCAGGUUCAAGGGCUAAGUUUAAGGGAGAUUGGAGGUGGUUUUACAAAACACCAUCGUGCUCCAUCUAUUCGUAGUGCAUGUUAUGCUAUUGCCAAACCAUCUACUAUGGUGCAAAAAAUGCAAAAUAUUAAAAAACUAAGGGGGCAUCGUGUGGCUGUCUAUUGUGCCAUAUUUGACGGAUCAGGGAGAUUUGUUAUUAGUGGUUCCGAUGACCGUCUUGUCAAGAUUUGGUCUAUGGAAACUGCAUUUUGCUUAGCUAGUUGCCGUGGACAUGAAGGUGAUAUUACUGACUUGGCUGUAAGCUCAAACAAUGCUUUGGUGGCAUCUGCUUCAAAUGAUUUUGUCAUUAGAGUUUGGCGAUUACCAGAUGGGAUGCCAAUAUCAGUUUUGCGGGGACAUACAGGAGCUGUUAAUACUAUUACUUUUAGUCCCAGUGUUGUAUACCAGCUGCUAUCGUCAUCCGACGAUGGAACUUGUAGAAUAUGGGAUGCAAGGAACUCACACAAUCCCCGAAUAUAUGUGCCUCGGCCUCCAGAUGCUAUAAAUGGGAAGAGCAAUGCUCCACCAGCUAGUUUGCCAUCCUCAAGCAAUGGUCAACAAAGCUAUCAAGUACUUUGUUGUGCAUAUAAUGCUAAUGGAACUGUUUUUGUUACUGGUAGCUCUGAUACUUUUGCCAGGGUGUGGAGUGCGAUGAAGCCCAGCACUGAUGACUCAGAACAACCAAUACAUGAGAUGGAUUUAUUAUCUGGUCACGAAAAUGAUGUUAAUUAUGUACAGUUUAGUGGUUGCUCUGUGGCUUCAAAAAUUUUAACAUCUGACCCCUGGAAAGAAGAAAAUACACUGAAGUUUCGAAAUUUCUGGUAUUGUCAUGAUAACAUAGUUACCUGCUCUCGUGAUGGAAGUGCAAUUAUAUGGGUUCCCAGAUCACGGAAAUCUCAUGGAAAAGUAGGACGUUGGACUCGUGCAUAUCAUCUAAAAGUGCCACCACCACCGCUGCCUCCCCAACCUCCACGAGGUGGUCCAAGGCAGAGAUUGCUACCUACUCCUCGUGGUGUUAAUAUGAUUAUAUGGAGUCUGGACAAUCGCUUUGUGCUUGCAGCUAUUAUGGAUUGCAGAAUCUGUGUUUGGAAUGCAGUUGAUGGAAGCUUAGUGCACUCUUUGACUGGUCAUACUGAAUCAUCUUAUGUUUUGGAUGUUCACCCUUUCAACCCUCGAAUAGCUAUGAGUGCUGGAUAUGAUGGACGAACCAUUGUUUGGGAUAUAUGGGAGGGCAUACCAAUUCGAACGUAUGAAAUUGGACGCUUUAAGUUGGUUGAUGGGAAGUUUUCUCCGUAAGUAUCUAGAAUACUUGUCUUGAGUGGUCUUUUUUUUUUUUCAUUUAAUAAUUCCAUUCUUGUAUCUAUUUUUUUUCUCUUAAUAGAUUUUGGUUUGUUCCUCACUUUGGUGAUACGCAGUGAAUGUCUUCCACACCCAUCUGUCUUUCACUUUUCAUAAUCUGUUUGGUACAGAAACUCAUUAGGGUGAUCCAAACUUUACAGCUAUGUAUUCGCUGUCAAGUGAUAAUAGAGCUGAGAGUUAAAGAAAAUGUUAUAAAUGCUGAAAAGUGAACUGAGUUAAGGUAUCAAGAUAAUAGAAAUUUUUAUAAAUGCUGAAAAAUGAACUGAGUUAAGGUUUCACUAUUUAUAUCCUUACAAAGAACCUGAAAGUAAAACCACACUAAGUACACCACACAACUAAUUUUUUCCUUUCAUUUUUCAAUCUAAUUAAACAACUAAAAAGAAAUAAUUCUUCUCGUCUUAAUUCCAUUUAACGAAACAGCUUUAAAAUUCCACUUCAAUUCAUCCCAAUUUCUACCAUUUCCUAUUUCUUUUAUAUUUUGAUGACUAUCCAAACAGGGUGCAAGAGAGUACAGCAGGAAGACUGAAUCAGCAAAUAAUUGUUGUAGUGACAAUUAUAUCAUUCCCAUAGACAAAGAUGAGGACCAAUGCAGGACUGUGAAUAGACAAACAAAGAGAAUGGCAAAUUUGUAGCCUUAAAUUAAAACUGUAACAGUGGAUUCCAGUAUGUCAAACUAGGCUAUAGGAGUCCAUUUGAGACCAUAAAUUGCCUUCUUUAAUUUGAAUACCAAGGACUAAUCAUUACAAAGCCAGAGGGGUGAGACAUAUAUAUCUCAUCUUGAAGCAUAACAUUUAGGGAUCUAUAUUGACAUCUAGCCGUUGUAGGGCCACUUGAAAAGGAUUAAUCUGAAUAAGAGGAGAUUAUAUGUAAUUGAUUAAUUUGAAACAAUACAUCACCCUCUAUAUAUAGAUGAUUGUAACCCUAUAGUAUUGGUUACAAAGAAAUCUUUAGAAUCUUCUAACAACUUCUAACAAUAAACCUAAUAUCCUACUAACAAAACUCCCCCUGAAACUGGUAAUGGAUAUCUAUAC